GAGUGGUUAUAGGUGUUUUGUUAAAAAAUGAGUGAUACGGAUGAUAAAUUAAUGAUUGCUUGUGCCGCGUACGUAGUAAUGAAUAGUGUAGUUAAAAAAAAACAAAAACGUAAAUUAAAAAAAAAUCGCCGAUUUUGGGUUAGUGAAAUUUUUAAAAACCGUGUUCGCUAUAGUGGAACAGACUUAUUUAAUGAUUUGAAAAUGAAUAGUGCUGUUCAUUUCUCAAAUUUUUGUCGUAUGAAUAUAAAUGAUUUUGAAAUGUUACUUCAAUUAAUUGGACCUAAGAUAGCAAAAAGCGAUUCACAUUUUAGGAAAGCCAUACCUGAAAAAGAACGACUCCUCGUAACUUUACGAUACUUAGCCACUGAUGAUUCGUUUCACAGUCUUGCUUAUUUAUUCAAAUUUUCGAAACAAGUAAUUUGCAAUAUUAUACCACAAGUAUGUGAAGCCCUCAUGGAAGUAUUGGAUGAAUAUUUACAAAUUCCAAAAAACCCUGAAGAGUGGUUAAAGAUAUCUCAAGGUUUUUUUAACCAAUGGAACUAUUCAAACUGCUUAGGAUCAAUGGAUGGUAAACAUAUAAUAAUUCAAGCUCCCAUUAAUACUGGCAGUGAGUUCUUUAACUAUAAGGCAACCUUUAGUAUCGUACUAUUUGCAUUAGUAGAUGCAGACUACAACUUUUUGUUUGCUGACGUUGGGUGUCAGGGGAGAAUCUCAGAUGGUGGCGUGUUACUAUAUAAAAAAUUGGUGAAAGGAGAACUUGGCAUACCAAAUCCACAACCAUUGCCAGGAAGAAACAGACCCGUCCCUUACGUAUUUGUAGCGGACGAUGCAUUUGGAUUACAUGAUAAUAUAAUGAAACCUUAUCCGGGGAUUCAAGAAAAAUGUUCUGAAAAAAGGAAUGAGUACAAAGAUACAAAGGGUAUUGAGGGGCGGCAUUUUAAAAUCUGCCCUCAUGCGGAAAAUUUCUUAACCCGGCACUGACGGCUAUUUUUAUUACAUGGGCCUUAACGCUGUCUUAGGUAAAAACACGGACCUUGAUUUGGACUCUUGGACAGUUGGCCCAUCGG